AUGGUAUCCUCUUCUAAGAAAACCGUUCUUAUAACUGGCGCAACGGGCCAACAGGGCCGGGCUGUCAUAACUGCACUCCUGGAGCAGCACCGAGACUCGGCAGGUAUGGGCAUAAUCGCUGUAACCCGGUCGCCCUCGUCGCCCGCAGCCCAGAAGCUCGGCUCCCUCUCUCCCAGCAUCCGCGUGAUCGCCGGCGAUCUCUCAGAUCCGGCCGCCAUCUUCGUCGCGGCCGGCGAGCCAGUCUGGGCCGUCUACAGCGUGCAGGUCAACUCAGACGCCGAGGAGGCGCAGGGCAAGGCCCUGGUCGACGCCGCCGCCCGGCACGGCGUCCGACACUUUGUCUAUUCGUCUGGAGACCGUGGCGGGCCUGCCAGGUCCGACGCCAACCCCACCGACGUGCGCAACUUCCGUGCCAAGUACGAGAUCGAGCGGCAUCUCCGGGCCCGGGCCGAGGCCUGCGGCAUGACCUACACGAUCCUGCGCCCCGUGACCUUCUUCGAGAACCUGGGCGGCGACCUACACGGCCGCGGCUUCGCCCGCAUGUGGGCGCAGAUGGGCCGCGAGAAGAAGCUGCAGUUCGUCGCCACGGCCGACAUCGGCUGGUUCGCCGCCCAGAGCCUCGCGUUCCCCGGGGACGCGCGCUACCGCAACGAGGCGCUGACGCUCGUCGGCGACGAGCUGACGCAGGCUGAGGCGGACAUCGUGUUCCGCGACGUCCUGGGCGGCGGCGCCGGGAGCUCGGACAAGCCCAGGAUGCCCAUGGCGCCGUGCCUCGUCGGCAGCGCGGUCAAGUGGGUCAAGCGCGACACGGUGGGCGACAUGUUCGCCUGGUUCGAAAGGGAGGGGUACGGCGGCAGCGUGCAGGAAUGCAGGACGUGGUAUCCCGGGAUGCGCGAUUGGAAGGCGUGGUUGGCGGAGAAUAGGGGACGGUGGGAAGGUUGGGAGGGAUAG